AUGUCUGACGAAAGAACCUUUAUUGCUAUUAAGCCUGAUGGUGUCCAAAGAGGCUUGGUCAACAAGAUCUUGGGUAGAUUUGAAGACAGAGGUUACAAGUUGGUUGCUAUUAAGUUGGUUCAACCUACUGAAUCCUUGUUGAAGGAACACUACUCUGACUUGACCUCCAAGCCAUUCUUCCCAUCUUUGUUGUCCUACAUGUUGUCUGGUCCAGUUUUGGCCACUGUUUGGGAAGGUAAGGAUGUUGUUAAGCAAGGUAGAGCUAUUUUGGGUGCCACCAACCCAUUGGCUUCUGCUCCUGGUACCAUCAGAGGUGACUUUGCCAUUGACAUGGGUAGAAACGUUUGUCACGGUUCUGACUCUGUUGAAUCUGCUAACAAGGAAAUUGCCUUGUGGUUCAAGCCUGAAGAAGUUAUGUCUUACAAGUUGAACCAAUUUGGCUGGAUCUACGAGUAA